AUGCAAAAUUCAAUUUCUUUUUCUAUAGAUUCGAUCAUUUCCAGAACAGACCCUCCAAAACAAAAAAACAAUGACGGUAAAACCCUUUUAAGCCGCGGUCCACUCAGUGCAAUGCAGUGCUUGGUUGAGCUGACUUCUCAGGGUGAUUAUUACUUGGAGGAGGCCAUUCCCAACUGUAGACCGGGACAAGAAAAAUUCAGCAAGCACUUUCAUGGAGAUAACUUAUCCGACAAGUCUUCUACGGUUCUGUUAGGUAAGUAAGCAUCCUUUUACCUGAUUCGUUGCAAGAAAAAAUGUUUCUAAUUGCAAUUAAAAAAAACGCUGGUCGAAGGUCCUGUGGAUACAAACGCCGUCGUCAUAAAACUCUGAUCGUAAACGGUUACUGUUCAUCACUUUACUGUCUGAAAGUGGGGCUGGAAAUUGCAACUACUAAGAAUCGAAGUUUUAGCUUCUCUGUAUUUAGUAGGACCAGCUUUUAACGCUUUAUGUCUCAAAACAUCUUUAUUUCUCUUAACAUGUACUUUAAAUUCUAACCGACUUUUGUAGUUCAGCUCCCACCGAUUGAACGAAUGGCAGAUACUUCUUAUAAACUUAAACACAGUGCGCUGAGUUCUCUUCUUUGUUUUUCAUUUAUUGUGCACCAGGGGACGACAGCCAGCCCAGUCCAAGCUCACCGAGUGGAAGCGACGAGUUGGAAUAUGAACAAGGAGAUCAAAAUUCUGACAGCGAGGGAGGAUCCAAAUCACGGCGGAAAAGGACGGCAUUUACAAGCCAGCAACUUUUAGAACUUGAAAGAGAAUUUCACACCAAAAAGUAUCUUUCGCUUGAAGAAAGAUCACAGAUUGCAAGAACAUUGAAACUGAGUGAAGUUCAAGUAAAAAUAUGGUUUCAAAACAGACGAGCGAAAUGGAAGCGAGUAAGAACUCUGGGCGGACCUCAGGCUCACGGCAACAGAAAACUUCACGCUCCAAAGCUUGUUGUACCUAUCCCGAUUCAUGGUAACAGAUACAGACCACAGAACCAAAUUCACAUUUCUUGA